AUGGAUUUAGAUGAAGUUAUAACUGUGACAAAAAUAAAUACAUUGACAGAGUGUCUUUACUUAUUAAUCGGCUGGCAAACAACUUCUUUCGAAAUCUAUAUAUUUGCUAAAGAAAAGGUUUGGAAAGGAAAAUUUUCGCCAAAUCGUUUAGCAAGUUUUAGCAGAAACCUUCAAAUAUCAGAAAAAGAGUAUUUUAACAAUCUUAAGCAAUGCUUAUCUCUACAAAAAAAUAAUUACGUGUUUGAAUUAAAAAGUGGUUUCUUUUAUUGGAAACGAAAAGUAGAUAAUACGGUUAUUAUAGAAGGUUUUCUUCCAGUGGAAACAGAUACAUCACCAAAAAAAAUGCAACCAGAUUUAUUAGAAGUAUUGCUUGCCUUAAAUAAACAAUUAACACGCAAAGCAUAUUACUGGGAACAAAAAUGCAGGAGUAUGCAUUUAGAGUAUGAAAAGUGCCUUAAAGAUACAGAAGAAUUUUUAAAUCUUAAAAUAGACAUGGAAAAAGCACUUUGCGAUAAAUUCCUUAAUCUGUUAAAAUUAAAAAAGGAAAAGAAUUUGGAGAGUCGUGGUAAUAAUAAGAAAAAUAUGAAAUUUGAAGAUAUGAAGGAACUUUUGGAAGGACUAUAA